UCUUUUCUUGCUCACCUUUCUUCUCACCUAUUUCUCAAUCCGUAGAAGCUAAGAUGGAGAUGAAGGCUGCUUGUGUGGAGGUCAGGAGGCCCGGCCGCAAUUGCCAACGAUGCUCAACCAAAGCACAUCCGUGACUGUCUGUUUAUUUCAACUCCAUCACAUCCAUCUCAUUGCUUCAUUCAUAGCAGUUUUCAAUGGCCCUUCAAAAGAUGACCACCGAUUACUUCAAAAUAUAUUCAUCAAGAUUGCUUUAUAUUCUUCACCAGCAGCCAACGACGCCCACAUAUAUGAAAAAAGCAUGACAAUAGGGAACUUGUGGUUAAUUGAGAAUAAGACCUCUCAAUUCUGCCAGCAUGGUAAGGUGGAAUCUGGGGUGUUAAGAAAGCUGAAGGGUGAUAGAUGGGAAAUGGAGAAAUAAGAAAGUGGAUAGCUUUCAUGAUAGAAGAAUUACAAGACCAAGUGUUUCUAUUACAUGCUAUGCUAUGAGUCUCCUCACUUUAUAUAUUUCUUAUAGGUCUAAAUGACUUACUUUUUUUAAUUCUUUUUGAAAAGUAUUUGAAGAAUUGAUCAAAUCUGAACAUAUUACUUAAAAGGAUUUCUUUUUCUGAUUUUCUUUACUUCCUUACUGUAUAUUUUAUUCUCUUAACAUAUCCAGGGAUCCAAACAUAAAAAAGGAGUACUAAUCGAGGCGAAAAGAGAGUUUCUUCCAUUGAAUGAACCAUUUAAGUUUAGAUCUUUAAUUGUUCAGUUUCCUUUUAAUUUCAACUUCUAUUUAUUUUACAUUAGUGAUCCAAUGUUUUUUUUCUAAACCAUCCAUAUGCAUUUCUUCAGUCCAGUGAGGUGCAGACUACAACAAAUGGGUCUUGCAUUUAAGUUUCAUUUUAAUAUUUACUUCAAAGAAUGUUGUUGAGCUCAUCAAGGAGUUCAAUACUCUUCUCUCCGUCAAGGUUAUUUGAUUCCCCUUAUUAAUCAUUUUUCCAGAAAGUAUAAGCUUAUCAAUUUUCGAGGGUUGGAAACUAUUUCAUAUGGUUUUUAUAUUGAUAUAGGUUUUUUAUAUUGACUAGAAUUGAUUUUAGUUUUUGUAAGUUAAUCCACCUGAAUCAUCACUUAAUUAAAUGUGAACAUCUUAUUUUUUAAGGUUAUGCAAAGAACAUAACAGAAUAAAUCAUAUUAACUAUGCUAUAAAUUUGUACAUAAAAGAGUAGUAUUAGACGAUGUUGGCUGGAAUGAAAUAAUAGAAGACAUGUAGAGAAGUCUUUUGGGUUGAUUGCUCUUCCUUCCAAAGUAGCAAAAGAUGAUGAAGAUGGCACAUUCGUAAAAAAUCAUAGGAGAGGAAAACAGUUGUGGUGAUAAACUUAUAAUAUCCAUCUCUAUAAAAGGUGAACUACUAUACAUUCUCUCAUGUUUAAGGUUCAUACUUCAUAUGCACGUUGAGUACCCCCUCUGUUCUUAUAUAACUAGCCAUUCAGAAAAGACAAACUGAGUAAAUCAGUUCAAAAGUGAGCUUUAGGAUUGUUACAAAUCAAAUAAAUAAAUGAGUAACCAUGUCUGAAUAGAGCAUACCAUCCACACAAAAACGGGAUAAAUGCACCUCUUGGCAUAUGACAAAUCUACUAUAUUGUCAUAAUUUCAUCUAGCAUUUAAUUUUCAGGAAAACAAGAAAGUUGAAUGCAAUAUGCAUGCUCAUUUGCCUCAGAAAGUUGGAGCUUAAUCAAUAGGUAACAUUAAUCAUUUCACACUCAUAUAAGAAGAUCCUUAUAUUACCCCACCGUAGGUGGGGGAGCCUUUGCGGCACUGGGGAAAUAAUAAUGAUGAUGAUGAUGACGACGACGACGAUGAUGAAUAGAAGAUCUUUAUAUUGUGUUUAUAUUUUAAAAUGAUUUUUCCAACCGAAACUAGGGUUGGAUUCAUGAUACAUCUUAGUUAAGAUGUUUCAGUCAGGAUAUUAGAUUCUAACCAGUAUUACUCUCUUAUAUUUAUAUAUUAAUAAUAGUCUCUAAUUUUAUGCUAAAUAUAAUUAACCAACGCUAGGGUUGGAUUCAUCACUGAGUUUGCCAUUUAUUUUCUUCUUUCUCCUUUCCACUUUCAACAUUGCAUGGAAAGGGCCUUAUUUCGUUCUCCUUCCAUUAAAGAUUUGUUAGAAAUCUGGUGCCUCUACUUAAAAUUUCGCUAAUUUCAUACUUUUGUUGGGUUUAUGUUCAAUCUCCCCUGUUUGAACAAAUAUAAAUCUACUCACUAUAUUCUUUUUAUUGUAGAGGAGUGUUCUUAUUCUAUUUAUGUUUCCAUAUGGCACAACUCUUCUUAAGUUCUUAUUCAUUUUACUUUUUUUACUAUGGCUUAUUAUUAUUGUUAAUUUUUGUGCAGAUUUAAAACAAUCUGCUAUUAUUAGAUUGAUAUUCUGCAAAGUUUAUUAUGUAGUAGUUUAGUUUCACCAGCUUUGUUCCCCUAAGAGUUUCUAUAUCACCAGUAUCAUAUGCAUUUUGUUUAAUUUAUCAUUUCUUAGUUUAACUUGCAUCAUCAACUCUGAAAUGAAAGGUAAUGAUGAAAAAUUGCAGAAAUCAUACAAUGAGAUGUUGGAAUUGAAGAUAUUUCUGUAAAAUGUAAAGUUGUUAUCCUCAACAAGCAUAUAAAGUUGUGAACAUUAAACUGAAUUGGAAUUGAGCUCCAAGAUGUGAUCUUUUUAAACCUUGAAGAGCCUGUUAUUGCUGAUUUCAAUGUUUCUGUAAAACUUCAUAUUUGUAAAUAGUUCAAGUUUUUAGCAUAGUUGAUUGUUAAGUUUCACUGAGUGUACAAUUCAUUUUGUCUAGAAUGGGUGUUUUACUCAAAUUCUUCUUUUUCCACAUUAUAUGAACUUGGUACUCCAUAUUUGUGCUCCUGAUGAUUUGCCAACAUCUGGGAAGAUUUACCUAUGAUAUUAAGUUUAUUGCCC